CUCCACUUCAUUGUCCAAAUAUAAGUAUUAUUUAUAGAAACACGCAAUGGAAUGAAGAAUUAGAUAUCUGUAAUUGAAUAAAAAGAUAUUGAGUUAAAACGGAGGGAGAAGUAUUUAACAAGACAAAAACAUACAAAAUAUACGGAAAUAUCUUUUGAGAAGUCAAAUAUUUCCAAUUUGACAAGCUAUCGUGGGAACCAUGUCAAAAAGUCAAAGAAAUGGUCAGCCAGAUUCCUCAAAUACAUCUUCAUCGCCAAGCAAUCGACCCCGAAAACGAUUUAAGAAAUGCUGCAGAAAUUUUGUUACAUUCAUGUGCACCCAAGUGGGUGUUGGUGCUCUUAUUGUAAUAUAUGCUAUAUGCGGAGCAUUUUCCUUUAGGAAAAUAGAAGGUGAAUCUGUAGACACUAAAGAGGCAGAGGUUUCUGGAUUGCGUAGUACAUGUGCCGAAGAAUUGUGGAACAUUACCGAAACCUAUAACACCCUUGACAAACCAACAUGGCAAAACAGCACCGACAUUAUUCUACAAAAUUAUCAGAGGCAAAUUGCCACAAUAAUUAAGCAAGGCUAUGAUUAUAGAAAGCCGGCUGAUAUUUGGUCAUUUCCAGCCGCUCUGAUGUUCUGUCUGUCUGUUAUAACAAUGAUAGGCUAUGGCAAUAUGGUGCCACGUACGCCUUGGGGUAAAGGUUUUACCGUCAUUUAUGCAACGUUUGGAAUUCCAUUGUACAUUUUGUAUUUUCUAAAUAUGGGCAAGGUUUUGGCUAGAUCAUUUCAGUUUCUAUAUCGAAGUUUACAUGAGUGUACCCACGAACGUUCCAUUGUGGAUCAUCGUUUAGAGGCCUUGGAAAAUGGCAGUUUGAGAAGUUUACAUCGAAAGAAAAUCAUAGUGCCAUCAACAGCAUGCCUUUGGGUGAUUAUAUUCUACAUUCUAACUGGCACAAUUAUGUUUGCCAAUUGGGAGAAAUGGUCGUUCCUCAAUUCCUUCUAUUUCUGCAUGACGUCGCUAUGUAAAAUUGGAUUUGGUGAUUUUGUUCCAGGGGCUUCAUUGGUUACAGGAUCCCUCAUAGCGGAAACAAGUAAAAAGGUUCAAGAAGACCCCACGAUUGACCCCAAUGCAGUAACAAAACUGCAAAGGUCUAUUGCCGAACAGCACUCCAAAUUAGCUAUUAAUUUUAUUUACAUGUUAAUUGGAAUGGGCCUAGUGGCUAUGUGUUACAAUCUCAUGAGAGAGGAAGUCCGUGUAAAACUGAAAGAAUUAAAGGAAGAUACAAAACUUUGCCUCGAUGAUACACGUAGCCGUUUUGUAGGCUGUUGUGGUGGUCGUCGUCAGGAUGUUUAUGACGACGAUGAUUAUGGAGAAGAUUACUAUUAAAGUUAUAUGC